AUGACGGAGUUACAAGCUUUUGAUAUGAACCAGCCGCUCGGCUUUCAGCUCCCUGAUAAGUCGAUUUAUCAAAUGGGAUUCAACCCAACGGCAUCUCAGCCUCCUGUUGCUAGUUAUGUUCACGAAACGAAUCCACUUACGAAUCCCCUUCAAAUUCUGGAUCUUUUAAAUCCGCAUCAACCAAGUGGAACUACGGAUAAAAAGCAAAAACUUCUCUCUGGAUUGCUGUCACCUCACUUUGAAAAACAAUUGGAAAUUGAGAGAAAAAUCGAUGAUUUAUCUGAUGUUCUUAAUCAAUUCAUCAAGACUCAGCAAGACUUUAAUAAAAUUCUCCUGGAAAAAGUUUUGAAACCUCAAGAAACACAUUCCUCUCCAAUAACGGUAUUAGAAGAUAACCCAAUGGAUGAGCAAGAGGCCCCACAUAUAGAAGAAGUUGAUAAUAUCAUUGAGGAAGAAAUACAAGCAGAACCUAUACAGCAAACAAUCAAUAAUCCCCUGCCAAUUUAUCCAGUUCCAAUCAGUCACGAUGUGUCAACUCAUUCUCCAAUUCGAAAUCGUUCGGUUUCACCGGAAAAGAUGGAAACUGGAGGAAUGUCGGUUAGAGACUUUCUGAAAACUACAAUGACAGUUCAAAAAGCGGAUGAUAAGAUUCUGGAGGAAGAGUUGGAAAGAGAACGGGAUGAAGCAGCACAAUCCAUCAGAUACAAUAAAUUUAGAGUUCGAAACCGUCCCAAGAAAUAUAAAAGAAGUGCUGUGACAUUCACAACUAAAACAAGAGAUCUGGCAUCACAAGCUACAGUGUCUGCAGAACCUUCAGAACCUCAAGCAUCAUCCUCCAGCGCGCCAGAGUCGAACCAAAUGAUAGAGCAAUUAGAGCAAACGAAUACAGUUGAAAUUGAGGAUAAUAUAUUCCAGCCAAUUUUGAUACCGUGUGUACAAAGACCCCCAGAGCUCCUCAUGCAACCUGUGUUUCCAACAACGUCUUCUUAUGUGCUGAACUCCGCUCUCGAUCCUUCUAAUCACGCGACACAGAACAGUUUAGCUGCGUUGACAGAUUCAAAGUUCCAACCGGACCCAACCAAUCUAUGGAAGACUAACAAUGCUACUCAAUUAUUGGUUGAUGCCCCUCUACUCUCUGAAGAGCUACGAUUCUCCGAACACUCUCAUCAUAGCAGUUUUCUACCCUUUGUUCACGAGCCCGCUCAUCGGUCGGCUUUCGUACCUACGGUACCUCAGCAAUACAAUAAAGAUCGACGAAUUCAUCAGCAUAUGGACACAUCACUGACCGAUUCUCUACGGAAUUUGUAA